AUGCUAUAUGACAUUUUGGACAAUCUAUUAAUCAAACGUUUUUUUUUUUUUCGUUUUCUGUCCUUCUUCCUUCCUUUCAUUUUGUCUUUCUUCGUUCCAUCCUUUUAUUCUUCCUUUCUUUUUUCUUUCUUUCUUUCUUUCUUUCUUUCUUUCUUUUUCUUCCUUUCUUUUUUCCUUUCUUUCUUUUUUCUUCCUUUCUGUUUUCUUUCUUUCUUUUUCUUUCUUUCUUUCUUUUUCCUUUCUAUCUUUUUUUCUUUUUUCUUUCUUUCCUUUUUCUUUUACUUCCUUUCUUUCUUUUUUCUUUCUUUCUUUCUUUUUCCUUUCUUUUUUCUCUCUUUCUUUCUUUUUCUUCCUUUUUUCUUUUCUUUUUUCUUUCUUUCUUUUUCCUUUCUUUCUUUUUUCUUCUUUAGUUUUUCGUUUCUUUCUUUUUUCUUCCUUUCUUUUUUCCUUUUUUUUCUUCCUUACUUUUUCCUUUCUUUCUUUUUUCUUCCCUUCUUUUUCUUCCUUUCUUUCUUUUUUCUACUUUUCUGUCUUUCUUUUUUCCAGUUUUCUUUUUUUUUCUUCCUUUCUCUCUUUUUUCUACCUUCUUUUCUUUCUUUUUUUCUUUCUUUUCUUUUUUUUAUUCCUUUCUUUCUUUCUUUCUUUUUUAUUCCUAUCUUUAAGUGUCUUCAUGUGCUUUUCGUCAUACAUAUUCAGUUCAGCUUUUUUCUUUCUUUCUUUCUUUCUUUCCUUCUUUCUUUCUUUCUUUCUUAUUCUUUACUUUUCUUUCUUUCUGCCUUUCUUUCUUUUUUCUUUCGCUUUCCUUUCUUUCUUCUGUCUUUCUUUUUUAUUUCUUUUUUCUUCCUUUCUUGCUUUCUUUCUUUUUCGUUUUUCUUUCUUUUUUCUUUCGCUUUUCUUUAUUUCUUCUGUCUUUCUUUUUAUCUCUUUUUUCUUCCCUUCUUGCUUUUUUCUUUUUCGUUUUUCUUUUUUCUUUCACUUUUCUUUAUUUCUUCCUUUCUUUCUUUUUCCUUUCUUUCUUUCUUUCUUUCUUUUCUUCCUUCUUUCUUAGCCUCUCUCGCUUUUCUUUCUUUUUUUUCUUUCUUACUUUUUCUUUCCCUAUUUAUUUUUCUUUCUUUUCUUUUUCUUUCUUUCUUUCUUUCUUUCUUUCUUUCUUUCUUAAUCUUUAGUUUUCCUUCUUUCUUUUUUCUUUCGCUUUUCUUUCUUUCUUCUGUAUUUCUUUUUAUUUCUUUUUUUCCCUUCUUGCUUUCUUUCUUUUUCGUUUUUCUUUCUUUUUUCUUUCACUUUUCUUUAUUUAUUCCUUUCUUUCUUUUUACUUUCUUUUUCCUUUCUUUCUUUCUUCUCCACUUUCGAUUUUCUUUUCUUCUUUCUUUCUUUUUUCUUUCUUUCCUUAUUUUUCUUUCUUUUUUCUUUCUUUCUUUCUUUUGA